ACAAGGGUGGCAAUUUGCCUACUCAGUGAUUCUAUGUUUUGUAUAGCGAUAAGUUAAAAUAUGAAAGUUGUCAAAAAAAUAGUAAAAGCUGUUGGUGCUUCUACUGCCACUGUGAUCAUGGUAGGAGUGGCUCCAACAUUCGCAAUGGUGCAUACUGGAUGGAGAAUUGCCUCUAUAGUUUUACCUCGCCGCUAUUUUCAUUAUGGAGAAGACUUUUUGUGGGGUUCAUAUCAAAAGGUUAUUUUGUUUUUCUUCGAGCAUAUGACUGGAGUUGAAAUCCUCAUUUCUGGUAAUGUUCCAAAUGAAAAAGAGAACAAUAUUUUAAUAUGCAAUCAUCAGUGUACUAUGGACUGGAUUGUUGCAGACAUGCUGGCAGCAAGACAAAACAUGGUUGGCAACAUGAGAUAUGUCUUCAAAAAUGCUAUAAAGUAUAUGCCAUUAUAUGGUUACGUGUUUGGAGUUCACGGUGGUGUGUUUGUCAAACGUGAUGGUUCGUACAAUGAAAAAAAUAUGAAGAAAGUUCUUUGCUACUUGAUGAAACAAAAAGUUGACAUGAACUUGGUAAUAUUCCCAGAAGGGACUCGCUAUUCUACAAAACGUAAAGAGUUACUUUCUAAGAGUCAAGCAUAUGCAAUUGAAAAUGACCUUCCACCGUUAACUCAGGUUCUUACACCACGAGUAAAAGCUUUUCAGUGCGCAUUAACAACCAUGAGAGAUUAUGUCACUGCAGUAUACGAUGCAACUAUUUUGUAUGAAAUGCAAACAAAUCUUUCUUCAGGUUGUCGACCUGCCGCCCCAAGUAUGUGGAGAUUCUUGAUGAAUGAAAAACCUCGGAUUCUCAUUCAGUUUCACAGGAUACCAGUUACAGAAGUAACUUUCAAUACUCAAAAAUCGACACUACAAUGGCUGCACAACAGGUUUGUGCAAAAAGAUUCAUUCAUCUCACAACAUUAUGGUUUCCCGGAAGACAAAAAUAGCGGAGAAGUCACUGCUGGUGUUUUAACUCCCACAAAAUAUGACAAGCAAGAUGUGGUGUUUACAAAAGAGAAAUGCCCGAACUUUUCAAUUCUUCAAACUUUGCCGCCAACUGUGGCACUAACUGCAGUAACAGCUGCUCUUAUAUUGCACCCUACAGGCAGGAAAGCAUAUUUCUUUUCACUUUUAGGUGGAAGUAUUUUGGGCAUGGCAUAUGCAAAGGUAUUUAUGUGACGUAGUAUUAAUACAUGAAAUGCAGUUUUGUUUCAAAUGUGUGUCGUGGAUUUGGUUUCAUUGUUCAGAAUUUUUGAUGCAAUAUCGAUAGUAGUAUGGGGGAAGAUGGGACACUGAGGGACACUUAGCGAUUGUUUUGAUUGCGACAUAGGACAAUUGAUAUUCACUCGUCGAUCAACUGCGUCACAGUAGCGAUUGACUAGUUCUUAGCGCACAUUAGCUCGAAAACAGAUUGUAAUGUAGGCUAUGUUUGGAUUUGCAGCCAAGUAAAAGAUUGUCACGUUUGCAA